GUAAAGUCGCUUAGGUGAACGUCGGUUGACAAUUAUGGUUUAUUUUGUGUUUCAAAAUUCUGCUAUAGCAUAAAUAUAUGUUUCCACACUUGUUCAAAAUAAAAAAAACUGUAAUGAUCUGUCUUCUUCUUUUCCUUAUUUUGUAUGCUAGAAGUGCGACUUUUAUUUUUUAGUACAACCGGAAGUAAGAGUUGCGGGCUUUUUGAUGAUUCUGCACUAGGGGGUUAGUUGGAGGAGUGGAGAGUUUGACAUGGUCGUUCUACGCCUCAUAUGGCAGCAGAAUCGGUGAAAUGUGCGUAUGUUUGGUUGCUGUUGAUGCUCUGGCUUCGGGUGUCUGUGGUGGAAAACUCUCGCUCUUCUCUGGAUGAUGACCUCCUCCUACCUUAUGCUAACGGUCAUGGACCCACCCACUCUCACCGUCACGUCAGAGAGUGUCAGCCCGUCAUUUAUGGAAACACAACCCAUCAGAGCUGGCCCUCCAGUAACCACGCCGGCCAGCCGGUGGCUGAGUCUAAUGUGUUUGUGACGGAUGCUUCUUCUGGAUGGGUUUACGGUCACUUGACAGUGGUCCAUGACCCACUCAGGACUCUAUCUGUGCUGGAACCUGGAGGGCCAGAUGGCUGCAAAAACAACCGCAGGGUCUCUGUGGAGGACACCGCCAAAGCCGCCGGGUGUCUGUACGCCCAGAAUGCUGGCUUCUUUGACACCAAUUUAGGGAAGUGUUUGGGAAACGUGGUGAGCGAUGGAAAGCUUGUGCGGGACAGCGGGGGAAUCCAGAACGCCCAGUUUGGGAUUAGGAGAGACGGCAGCUUGAUUUUUGGGUAUCUGUCACAGGAAGAUGUUUUGGAUCAGUCGAACCCGUUUGUUCAGCUGGUCAGCGGUGUCAUAUGGCUGUUGAGGAAUGGAGAGAUUUACAUCAACCAGAGUCUGGAGGCCGAGUGUAAAGACAGCCAAGAAACGGGGAGUCUAAAGUUCUUUGUGGAUGUGGUGUCGGCCCGGACUGCAGUGGGUCAUGAUGAAGAAGGAAACGUAAUCCUGUUACAAAUUGAUGGACAAACAGAAAAGAGAGGCAUGAAUCUGUGGGAGUUGGCAGACUUUCUGAAGAAACUUGGAGUAAUCAAUGCCAUAAAUUUGGAUGGAGGCGGGUCUUCCACCUAUGUGAUUAAUGGCUCCUUGGCCAGCUACCCCUCUGAUCAUUGCACAUCAGACAACCGAUGGCGCUGUGGACGGCAUGUGUCAACUAUCCUCUGUGUCCAUCAGAAAUCAUGCAAGCCAGAAAACUGCAGUGGGCACGGGGAGUGUGUGGACGGACUGUGCCGGUGUCAGAGGGGCUGGCAGGGCGAGGCCUGUGAUUCUCUUCUGUGUCAGCCCGCUGAAUGUGGAUCCCAUGGAGUCUGCACUGCCAAUGGCUGUGUCUGUGAUGCUGGAUGGAGAGGAGAAAACUGCAGCCACGAGUGCCUCCCCGGUUUCUACGGUGAUGGCUGCACUCACACCUGCUCCUGCGUUAAUGGCGGGUUCUGUGAUCCCGUUCACGGGCACUGUACCUGCCCUCCUGGUUUCCAUGGUGAUACAUGUGAUCAAGUGUGUCCUCUGGGUUUCUUUGGUCUGUCCUGCGCUCAAGAGUGUCACUGUGACGGCCUGUGUCCAUGUGACCCUCGAACCGGAACGUGCAACGCCACCCUGCAAGGAGAGACCAACCGCACCGUGCACAGAGCUGGCCAUUGUCUGGCCACACAGAUGUUUACAUCUUGGAGACAGGAGGAAGAAGCUCAUAGGGAGCAGCAUUAUUUGACAGAGAGAACGUGGCUUAUGAUUACCAUCCUGCUGGCUUUUCUCCUGGCAGCCAGCUUGAUGGUUCACCUUGUGCGGGCUUGUCCUGUAUCCGCCGCCUCUCACUUUCCUGAACGUCCUGAACGGGAUUACUCCUACGUACCGCUGACAGACAUUAACGGAGCGGACCGAACAAGAAGCGGGAGAAAAUCUGGUUUGGAGUUGGAAGACUCCGACUCCCAAGAGGAAGUCUGGUCUUCUCUGCAUUCUUAAAAGAUCCUAGAAAUCCGGAUAACAAGUGAGAACACUGCUUUUUGCACAGAGACGCACACUGGUCAUCAGUGAAACUUUGUCCUCAUCUCGGGAAUUCCUCUGCUGCACUGAAAUGACACAGUUCUGUAUUUUCAAUAUAUAUAUUUUUUUUUUACACUGGGCACCUGCUUUAACAUUCACACGAUUGUUGUUCAUCUUCCUGUGUUCAUGAACAGAAAACUGCCAAAACUUCUUUAGCUUUCGCUGCUUUCUAGACAAACAUUUUAAACCUAAUCAUGUAAACUGGUACACUGUGAACCCAAAACCAGUCGACUUUUCAUCCGAUAUUUUUGGUUGGUUCUCCAUAAAACAUAAUUUCUUAUUUAUAACCAAACAGUAAUUUUAAAAUUCAUCAGGUACAAAAACAUAUGUUGUUUAUAAGAAGUUAAUAAAACCUCUGAGGGCUUUUUUGUCAUGUAUUGAACUGCAGUAUCAGGUUUUGUAAAAAAUAACUUUAAUUUGAGACCUUUUAAUUAGAGUAUUUAUAUAGAUUGAAUGUGAUGUAAUAAAUUGAAAAUGAAACUUAUCAGGUCAAAGUUUUCUGUAAUUAAAAGCUGUUUGUUGGGUUUGUACUGUGGCUCAUUGACCAAACUAAAUGCUUUGAUAUUUAAAAUGAAAGUAGAAUCUAUCAAAUAAUUAUUUUAAAAAAAGAAUAUUAUUAGCAUUUCCCAGCAAAGCUGCCAGUAAUUUUUAUGCCCAAACUUCCUGACUUGGAACUGUGUGCUCACAAAGACAGGAAUCUGUGUUUAUGACUUUUAUUUUUUUUUAUGUCCAAUAGAAAUUAUUGUUUUUAUAGCUUCUAAGCUCAAUGCUCAGACAGUAAAUGACCAUAAAAUUGAAAUACAAACUAAUACAUAUCAAUUUUCUGUAAUUGACAGAUAAGGAAAUUCACCUAUCAUAAAUGAGGUUAACCUUUAACUUGUUUGUAUAACUUGUACAUCCAUUAUUUAAUUACUGAUUUUUUAGUAAUUAUUUAAUUCCUGAUUUUUUUCAUUUUUUAUUGAUAAAAAAUGAAAAAUAUUUACAUUUAGUCAACUGGGGGCACCUAAAGAGAUGCUCAAACUACAACAGUAUUUUUUAAUGCUCUGACUCUAUAGGUUGCCAUGUUGGGGUCAAAUUUCAGCCGAAGCUGCACUUUGUGACGCUGUUGGUCAUGUCUUAAUUCUUUAUAACAGUUGGUGUAAACCAAGACUCAGACUAAAGAAGUGUAUGGAAUAAGUUACAUGAGUGCUUUUGCAACGAGUGUUUUCAGAUGAAUUGUCAGACAUAUGAAUUGUUUAAAUGACCGGCAGAGAUUGUCUUUGAUAAAUGUGAGGCUAUUGUUUCUAUUCGAUACAGAAUCUCCCACUUUUUAAAUACUUGAAUAAAGAUAUUCUUUAAAAA